AUGGCUCAUGGGUUCACGGCUACGGCCGUUCUAGCAAUUUUACUGGUGUGCAUUCCUCUUUCACUGGCCAAUGAUCCUCCAAGCGGACAACCCUCGGGAUUGCCGCAGCAGUCCCAAGCCGUCCCGGGCUCACAGCUUAGAAAUAAUGCAACCUCGCCGUCAUCUGUCGAUCAGCAACCGUCCAACCAGGCUCCAUCACGAGCGUCGCCGCCACUGCAGGCCGAAUUGUUCGCACAUUCGCCGGCUGAAUCCCCGCCGUCCUUGAAUGAUCGACAAUCUGCCAGCACUGCAAACGCGCCGGCAUCCCAGCCAUCCGCGGAGCCACCGGCGCAGCAGCUUCCGCAGCUGUCGUCUCCCCCACAGGCUCCGCCUGCUGGAAGCCGGACAGAGCCGAGCAGUGAUGCGCGGAAUAACGCUCCCGCUGCGCCUGCUUUUCCGGAAGCUGCGCCUCCGCUUUCCCCUGCAGGGGGAGAAACCGUGAGCGGAGCGCCGGCGCAAGAGAAGGGGGGCGCGGAAGCGUCGCGCGAGGAGGCGGAGCAGCUGUCGACGACAUGCGGGCUGACGGACUACAUCAGACAGUCCGGCGCAUGUGACAGCAAGGGGCGGCGCACAGUGUCGUUUGUGAAGGCGCGCAACUGCACCGAUCCGUUCCCCGUCCAGCCCUCGCAGCAGGAGCCGUGCACAUGCACGCCGGAGGACUUUGAUGUCGUCUACACGGCCUCGCGUGAUGGUGCCACGUGCAACAUGCAGUACCUGCCACGCAGUAAACCUCUUGUUCCUCUUUUUUCUCAUCCCUCUCUCCCUCCCCUGCCAUCCGCACAUGCUGCAUGGCCAGACUGCACGGGAGCACAGCAGUCACAGCUCAUCCCAGUGGACAAGGUCUACUGCGGGCUACCGAAUGCGCCAUGCACAGAGGCGCACGUGGACGCCAUCUACUCCGACUGUGACUUCAUCCGUGACUCCCUCACUGGCCUCAACAUCUCUGCCAUGCGUUUUGUUGAGGUACGCCCUGGGGGAGGUGCGCCCUGGGGGAGGUGCACCCUGGGGGAGGUGAUCUAUUUCUUCCGCCAGGAGUGCGACCCCUACACACGAGGCUCCAUUCACCUGCCCCCCACCACCUUCAUUCCCUGCGACAUGCAGUGCGGGGCGGGGCACUACCUGCACCACGACCACUGCCACAAGUGCCCUGCAGGCACGUACAGCAUGGGGGGGAAGUGGCGGUUCCAAGACAUAUCUGAGAUCGACCCCCUCUACUUCAAGCUGUGCACGCGUCUGCCAUUCCCUCCUGCCGCCAUCCCCGCCCCCGCCCCCCAGACGGAGUGCAGGUUCACCAACGCCUCUGGCACCUUCCACUGCGACCCCUGGUACGCGGAUGAUGGUGCGUUUGAGGCGGGUGCAUACGACUACAUCAACGACUGGCUCCCGGAGGUGUGUGCAUCGGACCCGGCGUACAACUGCCACAACAACCUGCUCUCAUCACUCUCCCUCGACGUGCACCUCGUGCGAGACGGGUACGUGAAGUUCAACUUCACAGUGAGUGAGUGCAGAGGUGGGGCACGGUACGUGAAGUUCAACUUCACAGUGAGUGCGGAGGUGGGGCACGACGGGCUUGCCUUCUACAUCGACUCUCUCUCACAGCCCCUCAUGGCGCUCACCUCCUACCAGUUUGAGCCGCGCGAGAUGGUGUUCCCGGUGGAGGCGGGGCAGCACCGCCUGGUGUGGGUGUACAGCAAGGAUGAUAAGUGGAGCAAGGGGGAAGACAUCGCCACCAUCCCGGUCAGUUCGUCCCCAUCAGGUUCGUCCCCAUCAGGUUCGUCCCCAUCAGGUUCGUCCCCAUCAGGUUCGUCCCCAUCAGGUUCGUCCCCAUCAGGUUCGUCCCCAUCAGGUUCGUCCCCAUCAGGUUCGUCCCCAUCAGGUUCGUCCCCAUCAGGUUCGUCCCCAUCAGGUUCGUCCCCAUCAGGUUCGUCCCCAUCAGGUUCGCCCCCAUCAGGUUCGCCCCCAUCAGGUUCGUCCCCAUCAGGUUCGUCCCCAUCAGGUUCGUCCCCAUCAGGUUCGUCCCCAUCAGGUUCGUCCCCAUCAGGUUCGUCCCCAUCAGGUUCGUCCCCAUCAGGUUCGUCCCCAUCAGGUUCCGCCCAAGCGUCUUGUUACAUAGAGGUGGACGGAGUGGCUUUCAAUGACUUCCUCUGCACGCCAUGCCCCGCCGGCUUCUACAGUGCGGAGGGCGCGGGUGCGUGUGAGCCGUGUCCUGAGAACACCAUUUCCAAGGAGGGCGCGUCAGAGUGCACGGCAUGUGGGAGCAGCGCCUAUGCGCGCAUCGUCCCGCGCACCGACUGCAAGCCCCGCCUGCCAUGCAGUGUGAGCGAUUCCACCAUCACCUACACGCCAUGCCAGCUCGCCUCCAAGAAGCGCAUCAUGAAGUGGCAGUGGAUCCAGCCUCAGAUCUGUGACCCCUCCAACAUCACUCUGCCCAUGGACAUGCCUCUUGACUGCGAGCCGUGCCCAGAUGGCCAGCAGGCAGAGCCCGACCCGCAGUCAGGGGAGAUCCGCUGCAGCCUCUGCCCUCCCGGUACGGCGCGGCAGGCGAGCUACGAGGGGGGGGCGGGCAGCGGUGGCAGCAUGUUAGAGGGGCGGUGUGAGGCGUGCAGCGAGGGGCAGGUGGCGAUGAAGACCCUGUCGCUGAAGCACUUCACCAUGCAGCCCAACGGCGCCCUGCCCCCCAACUUCACCACCGGCUGCCAUGGCGACUGCGGCACCUUCGGCUGGCGGGCCUUUCAGGACCACCUUGACUCGGGCAGCGGCCACGGCCCCACCGCCUCUGUGAGAAAUGGAUGGAUCGGCUUGCUGCAUGCGCUACACCACGAGAUUGUUAUCGGCCACGGCCCCACCGCCACGGCAAGGAAAGGUGGACGGGCUCUCUGGAAUGCGGGCUAUACUUCUUCCCAACCUGCCCUGCGCCUUGUCUCCCUUCCCAAUCUACCCCUCUACUACUUGUGCCGCCCCUGGCGUCCCGUGCGGCAUCAGAUCUGGCUGGCACUGGACGUGCACAUGGCGGUGCGCGGGUACAUGACCUUCAACUACUCCGUUGACAUCCUCCCUGGCGACCCGGGCCGGGCCUUCUUCUUCUUUAUCGAUCAUGACCUCAUGGACUAUGUGGAGGUGACGUCAUGGACUAUGUGGAGCCAUUGCUCUGGCCGCACCAUGAUGACCCCCUCAUACUCUUCCCUCCUUCCCACUGCCCCUUCCGCCUGCCAGCAACAACGCGUGGAGUGGGAGGAGGGCGGGGAGGAGAGCGGGCACCCGGGGUCAGGGGAGGAGGAGACGCGCAUGAGUGGCAUAUGGGAGCUGGAUGUGGGGCGCCACUUGGUCAUGUGGGUGUGGCAGAAGCUGGAUGACACGGGCGCUGCUACCAGGACCACUCGUGACUCUGCUGUCAUCUAUGACAUCCAUAUAGAGGGAGUGGCGGAGGGCGGUGCAGCACGGUGUGAGGAGGUACCGCAGGGGACAACGCUAGCAGAGGGGGGCGACUCAUACGUGCCGUGUCCCCCUGGCACCUCCAGUGAGGGCGGUGCGUCCUCCUGCCUGCCCUGCCCGCCCAACACCUUCAACAACCAGCCCCAGGGGGCGCAGUGGGCGUGCAAUCCGUGUGGAGCGGGCACGUCGUCCCUGGCGGGCAGCACGGAGUGCUUCAUCGGCGACGCCACUCGCCCCGCCUCCUUCUGCACCUUCUCGCUGCCCUUGGACUCCAUCCCUCGUCGCCCAUACCUUGGCCAGGACGGUGCAGAGGAGCAGGCGGGGCAGGAGGGGCAACGUGGGGAGGUGGGGGAAGGGGGGACGGAGGGGGGGGAGAGAGAGAGGGGGGUGGAAGGGGAAGCAGGGAGGGGGGGUGCAUCGCCCCCUGGUGGCAGUGGCACUGUGGGUGGUGUGACAGGCAAUGGGACGGCGGCCGCAGUGGUGUUUGACCUCUCCCCCCUGUCUCGCAUGCACCCCGGCCGCAUGUUUGGCCCUGUGCUCGAUGCUGCUGCUGCUGCUGCUGACCCUGAUGGUGAUGCUGCUGGGGGGGGAGAAGUUGCAGAGGGAGGGGCAGGAGGAGGGGGUGGUGGGCAGGGGGGGAGUGGGAACAGCAAGGCGAGGGGGCAGCAGGCAGCGGAGUAUUUUGUGAGUGUGUGCGAUCGGGACAGCGGCAACGACACGUGCUACGACUACUCGGGGCGGUCCCUCAACACCUACGCCUGCAAGGUGCACUGCGUCCGUCCACAUUCCAACCGACCACAUGUUGCUGGCCUCGCACCUGGCUGGCUCCGUGCCUCACUUCAGCACUCUACCCGCCUGCUCUCCAUCCUCCCCAUCUCCUCCACUCCUCCCCUGCACCCAGUCGAUCCACGGGAGGCCAGAAGUGGAGCACGGCCGGGGCAUAAUCUAGGCAGUGCAGUGGCGGUCUAUCCGCUGGCAGCCGUGCAUGCAGGGCUGUACCGGCGCGGGCUGGUGAUGGCGUUCACAGGGGACGAGUGCCCGCAGACCAACAUGCCUAGGGAGACCAACCUCACCUUCAUAUGCGACCCCGCUGCUGGUCCAGAGGCAUGGACCAAGGAAGGGCAGAUGGCAGCACUCAACCCGGUGCUGGGGUACCCGCAGUACAGCCAACGGGGGGGAGCGGUGCAGCGCAUCGAGCACAGCGACUGCUCGUUCAGCCUCGUGUGGUACUCGCUGUUUGCGUGCCCGCUGUGCUCCCAUGAGGACUAUGAGCGCGUGGAGACGGCUGAGUGCAUGGACGAGACAAGGGCCACCUUCAAGUGGAAAUUGCCCCGGGUGUGCCAGCUGAACCCGUUCAACCCGCUACCCCAAGACGAGCCGUGUGAGCCGUGCAAGCCAGACGACAUCAUCCGCUCGCAGGGCGACUGUGCUGACGCCAACGGCAACCACAACAUCACCUACUCAUGGCGCCAGCCGCACCACUGCAGCCCCACUCUCCCCGGCGCUGCCUCCCUGCCGGCACCAGAGCUGGUGGGGCCGUGUGAGCAGCGGUGGGUGUACGUGCCUUCGGAGGCGCUAUCUCCCAUGUGGAUUGCACUGUUUGUGGGCCUGACCGUGCUCAUUGUGGGAUUUGGAUAUCUCUCGCUUGUCACGUGGCUCCGCAGCCGUCGAUUGCGGCAGAUGUAUCAACGGCUGGUGGAGGCCGAGGUGCAGAUGGAGGGGGAUAUGGUUCUCCGUGCGGCCGCGUUUGGCGGGCCGGCAGGCAGGAAGACAGGUAUGGGGGUGGGCGACGCGUUGGUGAUCCAGACAGCGCUCAGCGUAACACUCGCGUCGGCGGCGCGGCGAGCCGGAUGGAUCAGGCCGCGCACUGUGCUCACCACCCUCGUCGCCUCUCAUACCCUCCACACCGCUCCUUCUUCCCCUCCCCUUUCUCCUUCCAAUCCCGUGUGGCGGGAUGCGGCAUGUGCUGGCAGCUACCACCCGGAGAGGAUAGGCAACGAGAACGUGCGCAAGGCGGUGGACGUGGCGCUGUGGGUGGGCGACGGCAUCACCGCUCUGGGCUGUGCAGUGAUCGAUGCGGUGAAGAAGAUGGCUGGGCGCGGAGGAAACAGGCUGGGACGCCGGUGA